AUCUUUAUUCCGUAUUAAAAAAGCAUAUUAUAUCGUUACGACAAAGUACAGCCUCUUUCAUCGUCAUGUCUCUGGUCAAGCUCGGGGACUACCUCUUCCAGCGCCUCAAGCAGCUAGGAGUCCAAUCAAUUCUAGGCGUUCCCGGCGACUAUGAACUUGCCCUGCUUGAUCUCGUGGCUGGAAAUGGCCUUACGUGGCGAGGCAAUCCAAACGAGCUCAUAGCUUCGUAUGCGGCGGAUGGAUACGCGCGCAUUAAUGGUGCAGCAGCCUUUGUUUCCACUUUUGGACCGGGGGAGCUGUCCGCGUACUGUGGCGUUGCUGGCCAAUUUGCUGAGUAUGUGCCUGUAGCGCACAUCGUUGGCUACCCUGGUGUGUCUGCUAUGAAGGCUGGUGCAAUUAUGCAUCAUACCCGUGGUGAUGGCACCUUUGACUUUUGUCAUGAGAUGAGCAAGCAGAUUUCUGCCGCUACAACAAUCUUGACAGAUCCCACCACAGCAGCGUCCGAAAUCGAUCGAGUCCUCACGAAGAUGAUUGUCGAGUCAAGGCCCGUGUACAUUGGUGUGCCGGCUGAUCUAUCUCAUUCCCCAAUUUCGGGAGCGACCCUUAGUAUUCCCCUCGACGUUACGUUGCCUCCCGACAACGAGAAUGCUACCAAAAAAGUCGUCGCUUCGAUUCGUGCUGCCCUUGAGCAAGCUGCCUAUCCUGUCGUUAUCGUUGAUGGUCUAACACAUCGCAACAAAUGUAUCAAGGAAGUGCAAGAAUUGCAAACUCUUCUUGACAUUCCGUUCUUCACUACUGCUAUGGGGAAAUCUGUGCCUAACGAAGAACUGAAGAACUAUGCAGGUGUUUACGCUGGUGCAGGCACUCAUGAAGGAAUUAAGCAAGCUGUUGAAGGCACCGAUUGUGCUUUAUGGCUUGGUCGCUAUGGGAGCGAUUUCAACACCGCAGAAUUCACUAUGACCAUCGCUGAAGACAAGAUCAUCGAAGUCCAACGCUUUCAUACGAAGCUUUCAGGGGAGCCAGUACCGGUGAAGAUGAAGUAUCUCCUUUCGGCUAUGAUUGCUGAUUUCAAGGCCACACCAUUUGCGAAAAGCAUCCCAGUUACGUGGGAUCCUUACCCUCUGCGAAGCCUACCCGCAACUGGCGAAUUGACCCAAGAUUUCAUGUGGGCUACUCUCGGCAAAUUCUUCCAGCCGGGAGACGUAAUCAUUGGCGAGACCGGAACCAGUGCUUUCGGCUUGGGUGAUUCGUUCAUGCCUAGUGGAUCAUUUUUCUUCAAUCAAACUGUAUGGGGAAGCAUUGGGUACGCUACUGGCUCUAUCGUCGGUGUCUGUCAAGCCAUUAAGGAAAGUGACGGAAAGUGGAAGAGGGGCGUUCUAGUCACUGGCGAAGGCUCGCUUCAUCUCACUGCUCAAGCCAUUGCCGAUAUGCUCCGAUAUGAUCUGAAGCCUAUCAUAUUCAUCCUUAAUAACAACGGAUAUACCGUCGAACGACUUAUCCACGGCAAGCAUGAAACCUAUAACGAGGUCGCGUUAUGGGACUAUAGCAAUAUGGCCAAGACGUUUGGGCCACAGUUCAAGUCCCAAUAUCACGGUCCUAUCAAGACAAAUGAAGAAUUUUUAAAGUUCAUUGAAAGUGGUGCCGCUCGUGCCGACUGCUUCCAGGUUGUAGAAGUCAAGCUGAAGGAGCUUGAUGCUCCGAAAGGUGUGCUGGUUACCGGCGCUGCCAUCGAUGAGUUCAACAAACAGAAGAGUGCGAAAACCUAGGCGGGUUAUUUAUGACUUAUGUCACUUUCCUAGAAGAUACGCGCAAUAGUCAUUACCGGAACUAGCUCUAGUCCAUGCGUUCCUAUCCCUUUGUAUUGGUCAGUGCGUUGAACACGACUUCCAUUCGUUUAUAUUUUUUUCAGACCUUCUUUCAGAAACGACCAAACGUAGUUAAAUAAUCAUGAAAAUACGGACUUCUGAACAGAUUCAUUGAUGCCAAAACAAUUGCUUUCAUGCAAUGUAAUGAAUCAUGUAGAUUCUAGGUCGAAAUAGCUCAUGAGAAGUUUUAAUCCUAGCAGUAUUCAACGAUGACAUCAAUUCAGCUUUCGGCAUGAAAUUGGCCUGCAAUCAAAUGUUCAGAGCUAAAGCUGUAUUAAGUCCACUAAUCGUACCACAGA